GUCUGUGUUCACGCUCUCACUGCUUCACAUCCUGAAAAACAACCACUCCGCAUCCGCUUUGAGUCCAUGAAAUACUCCGAUCCCGCAAUGCCGAUCUAUGCGGCCAUCAAGGUGGAAGAGGAAGACCAGGAGGGGGUUGCCAUUGCCAACUUUGGUACGGCAGGCCAGGUGCGCGGCGGCCAACAGGACUGCAUGGCCAUCUUCAGGAACCCCGCUCCUCCCCCACAGGUGCAGCCGCCGCGGCCACCUCCACCUGCACCUGCACAAUGCCAGUGGAACAAGAGGCUGGCUACCGGACCGCCUCCAGGCUUCCCCGGCGUGUGCCAGCCGCCACAGAAGAGACACCAGUCUGGGCCGCAGCCACCGCACAGGCAGCACCAGGUGCAGCCACAACAGAGACAGUAUCAGGCGCCGGCGCAGCAAGCACAGAGGCAGUAUCAGGCGCCGCCGGCGCAGGCGCAGCAGGCGCAGAGGCAGUAUCAGGCGCGGCCACCGCAGACGCAGCAGUACCAGGCGGCGGCGCCGCAGGCACAGCCACCGCAGAAGCAAUACCCGCCACCACAGCCUAGGCGGCAGCAGGCGGCGCAAGGGCAGUCACUGCAACAGCAAUACCAGGCGCAGCCGCGGCAGAUGCAGUACCCGCCGGCGCCGACGCAAGCGCAAUCACCGCAGAUGCAAUACCAGCAGCCGGAGCCUGCGCAAGCGCAAGCCCCGCAGAUGCAGUACCAGCCGGCACCGACCCAAGCGCAACCACCGGGGAUGCAGUACCAGCCGGCGCCGUCGCCGAGCGCGCGGCAGCACGCUCCCACACCUGCCGCUCAACACGCCCCGUCCAGCAGCAGGCCCCGACUUCAGCCGAGGGCGGCGGCCAAGCCGGCGUCCGCGUUCAAGAAGCCCUCCGUGGUGUGCGGCGUGUGCGACGUGCGGUGCAUGACGGCGGUUCACCUCAAGCAGCACGAGAAGGGGAGGAAGCAUCGGAACAAGGUGGGCUGCGCCGCCGGGGAGAUGAACGUGUGGUGCGACGUCUGCUCCGUGACCCUGUUAACCAAGCUCAACGUCAAGGAGCACUACUCCGGCAAGCCGCAUCUCCAGCGGGCCUCACGCUCCAGUGCCAAGGGCAACCGAGCAACCUGACAUUGUCCAUGCCACAUUCCCACAUGACAGUUUCACCAGGUUUUUUAUUUUAAUAUUUUUCCUUCAUGACUUGACGAUACUAUUAUCCAGACUCCAGUGGUAUCUGCAACUUUGAAAUUGUGUCUUUUUAAUACCAGUAUAUGUAUAAUAACUGUAAUGCAGCACCCUAGUGACACGCUGACAACUAAAUUUGCUACGUACUACUUGAAUUCUGUAAUGGAUUUUAUAUAUUGUG